AUGAAAGGCAAAAAAUUUUAAAAGUAUGCGAACAUUCACCAAUAAUUUAAACCAUUACCACCAGUUCCCCUCAAAAAGCUAGCUGGCAUAAAAUUACCCUCUAUUCAAUCUGGUAAAGAACUUCCCUAUAUGCAAUUGGAAAAAGUUAUUGGAUUUAGCUCUAAAAAUAAUGGAUCUAUUGCAGUAAAUCCUAUCAAUGGAGAACUAGCUACUACAGCAGGGUGCGUAAUUUGCAUAUAUUCCCCAAAAGAAAACAAGCAGACUAAGUUCUUGUUUUCUAGAUCUCAAAGAUCUUUUUCUUGCCUUACUUAUUCUCAUACUGGAAGAUAUUUAGCCGCUGGUGAAGGAGCAUUUAAAUAACCUGAAAUCACGGUUUGGGAAAUAUAGCUUGAUGGCUAAUAUGUAGAGAUCAAGCACUUGAAAGGGCAUAAGUAUGGAAUUGAGAGCAUUAUGUUUUCACCUAAUAUGAAUUACCUGAUAUCAUUGGGAGAUGCUAAUGAUAGAGGAUUGUUUGUUUGGGACUGGGAAAAUGAAUAAAGAGUAACUUCGAAUAAACUAGGAAAACCAGUCAAUACGUUUGCCUUUUCUGAACAAGGAGAAUUCUUUGUCACUGCUGGCUAUCAGCAUCUCAAGUAUUGGUAUUUUGAUGAUAAUGGAAAAGUACAAAAAACUGAGACUAAUUCUAAAGAGAGUAUAAUGGAAAGCAAAAGUGCUGAUUUGACUAAAGUAAAGUUAAAAGUAUUUGUUGGUGUUGCAUGCAGAUUAGGAUAAGUCUUUUCGCUAGCAGCUGACGGCCACUUAUAUGUUUAUGACAAGAAUAGAAAGCUAACAAAAUGGAUGAAUAUAAAAGUAGAAAAAGCUAUCAGUUGUACAAUGACUAAUGAGCAUCUUUUUUGUGGAUGCUCGGAUGGUAUCAUAAGAGUAUUUGGAACAAAAAGUUUAGAACACAUCAUAACACUCCCUAAGCCCCCUCCUUUAGGUUCAGCAAACAUUGAAACUGGAGUAAAAAAGAUCAGAAUCCCUGCUACUAAAGACUCUAAGUUUGCAGAUUGUCUAGCUGUGAUUGUUGAUGAAAAUAAUCAAAGAGUUGUGGUGCUUUACAGUGAUAGAAUGAUUUUCAUUUGGGACAUAAAAUAGCUGGAUAAGAUAUCAGUUUACAGAACUUCUCUAGCUCAUUGUGGCCCAAUUCAUGAUAUUCAGUACAUUCCAAAUACUAUGGAUGUGGGAUACCAGGAUGAAAAUAGCGCCGUCAGUCUAUAAGAAGAAACUUCUUUAACAAAAUUCAUGACUUGCUCUUCAGAUAGAACAAUCAGAUUCUGGCAAUUUGUAGAUCCAACUGCAAGUCUCUAAAACUAGCAAAAUAUAUUGAAAGGAAUAGUAAAGAACGCUUACUGUAAGGAUAUGAGCAGGAUGAUUUAUGUUAACAGUGAGAACAGAGAUUAAUCCGUAGGAUAAUAUGAUCAUUUCAAAGUAAAAAAUUAAAGAUUAAAUGAAGAUGGAACGAUGCCUGAGUAGGCUACUUUAUCUCCAGAUGAUAAAGACAUUGAGCAAUAAGUAAGAUGUGUAAGAAUAUCUCCAGAUGGAAAGCAUGUUGCUUGUGGAGAUUGGUCUGGUAAUAUUAGAAUCCAUGAUGUCAAAACAUUGGAAGAAAUUUAGUGUAUCUAAGCUCAUGAUAGUGAAGUACUUUGUCUUGAUUAUUCUCCAAUUAUUGACUUACAAGGACAAAAUACAUCUUAAUAAAAUAACUCAGACUCAUAAGGAUAGCCAUAGCAAUAAACACUGUAACUAACAUCUACAAUUAAAUUUUGGUUGGCCUCUGGAUCAAGAGACAGAUUAGCUUAAAUUUUUGAACUUUCUUAGGAAAGUGGGAUUUAUGAGAAUGUGACUAUUUUGGACGAUCAUUCAAGCAUACUAACUUCUCUGAAAUUCGCAGAAGAAAGAUCAGUAAAGAAUCAAAGGAGACUUAAACUGAUUUCGGCUGGGGCAGAUAAAUAAAUUAUCUUAAGAAAUGUAGAUCUGCAAAUAGUUUAAAAAAACGAUGUUAAAAAACUUUAAAACAUGGCAACUGAAGACUUUAUCGUUGUUUAGAAGAAAGAAUAAUGUAAAUACAAAACAUUCUCAAUGGAAAUAGCUUAGCAAUCAGGCUACAUUGUUACUGGGCAUGAUAAAAUCCUAUAAAUGUGGUAACUGUCAACAUGUGAUAAGAUAUGGGAAAAGAAACCUGAAAGCCAAAGAAAAUCUGGCUCAAUGGACUAAAUCAAAGUAAUUAUUGACCCAAAUGCAGGAGUAAUUAUCUCAUCAAGUACCGAUAGAUUUGUUACGAUAUAUGAGGCUGCUACUGGCAAUGUUAUUUGUAAGACUACUUGCGGUGAAGUUUCAACAGCACUUUGUCUCUCCUCAAAUCUUAAACAUCUAAUUACAUGUUCUACUGAUGGCAUAAUCUACAUUUGGAGACUUCCAGAGUAAUUAGCUAAAGCUCUAUGGAAAUUAAAACAAGAGCAGAAACAGAAAGAGGAAGAGCUGAUAACAAAUAAUAUUGAUGAUUUAAAUGACAAUAAAUCUUAGAUUAGAGACACCUAGUUUACAACAUAGACAGAUGAUGAUUUCAAUGAUCUAGAAAACAUUGCUAACAUGUAGGCAGUAUCUAACCAGCCACAAAAUCAAGCCUACGCAAAAAAGGAAGAUCCAAUUAGAAUUAGUGAGAUUAUGAAACAAAUAAGUAAGGCAACAGGAUAGAUUGAUAAAAUUCAAAUCAAGUCGAACAGUAACACUAAUAAAAAGUAAGACUCUGACGAUGAAGACGAAGAAUUUGAUUUUGGCUAAGCUAUAAAUAAAAACGAAGCAAGAGAUGCCUCAGAGGAUAAAAAUGAGUUAUAAGAAAGUGGUGCUAAUUCAGGCAAUAAUACUAAUAGGAAAAAUAGAAAUAAUUGGGGAACUAAAAAAGAAAAUCCCUAGUAUAGCUAAACACAGCCUCAUUAAGAGGAAUAAAAUGAUGAAGAAAGUAUGAGAUAACUAAAGAUAAAAGAAAACAAACUGCCUAGAUGGGCUAGAUCUGUGACUGGAGAUUUACUUGAUGAAAGUAGGUCUGGUACUGUAGCCCAAAGAAAGUCUAAAUUCGAUGAGGAACUUAAGAACUAGUUAGACUAACUUAAAAACAAUAUAUUAGCAGACGAUGCUACUGAUUCUGCUUACGCUGAUCCAACAAAAAAGUUAUAAGGAGAUGAUAUUGAGGAAAUAUUCUAGAACUCACUUGAUAAAGUGGCUGAGUAAAAGCCAGAUUAGCAAUUUGAAGAUGACCCAAUAAUGAAGAAAAGAAACUAAAAUAAUAGUGCUAAUGCAGCUUAACUAUAGAACUAAAGAAUCAGCAAUCUAGCAGGAGUGCCUAGAAAUGCUUUUUAUGAUAGAAUUGAAGAGGACCUAGACGAGGACAAGAAGUCAAACGAUGAUAAAUCCUAGGAAGAUGAUGAUGAGGAAAAACUUAUCAAAGAGCAGUUAUAGAGAAGGCAGAUGUAGAAAUCUAGAAUUAUACUUGGCCUAGACGAUGAAGAUGAUGGAGGUGUCUAAGCAUCUAAUAGUGAUUUAUAAUCAAGAAGACUUAGACAGAGGAACAAUGAGAGCAGAACCAGUUUAAGUCAGCAGUUUUUCCAAAGAAAACUUGGCGCAUCCUCAGAAUAGAAUCUCUUCAGACCAAGUAACAAUUACGAGUUACUAAGCAAGGACUAGCUUCCUCAUUCUUAGCAAUAAAAUGCCUUGAAAGUUGAGGAUUUAUUUGAUGAUCAUCAGCAAAUUCAAAAUAAGUAAUAGCCACCUUAAUAAGUUCCAAGGAGUCUAUAAUAGUCACAAUCCUAAUUUAUCAAUCAAACACCUUAAAUUUUGAAGAAUGAAUAAGACAGCUAGUUCUUAGGAAAUAACACUAUUUAAAACAAAAAUUUAAUCAAUCAAAAUUCUUCUCAUAAGUAGAAAGUAGAUCUGGACUUAGAUUAUUUGAGUUAGUAGUAGGAUUUAAAGAAGCUAGCUUAGGAGAAAUAUGAAAAACACAAGAAAAUGAUUGAGGAUCAAUAUAAAAAGCAAUAAAAAGACUUAGAAGUGAAAGUGUAAAAGGAGAAAAAGGAGAUGGAGGACCAGUUGAAUCUGAGAAAGUCAUUCAUAGAAAACAAGUAAAAGGAGAAGAUUAGUGAAAUAGAGAACAACAAAAAGCCACAGAUUAACAUCUUAGAGGAGAUAGAGAGUGAGAUCAAGAAAGAAGAGGAGAAGUUCAAUAAGAUCUCAGCCUUGAAGUAGGAUAGCAGAAAUAAUCGAAUGGAAGGUGGACUCUUAUCAGUCAAGAAAGAAGAUAAUAAAACAGGCAAGGGCAGAAGCAGUUCAGCUAGAGGGGACAGCAGGUCAAGAUCUGGCCAGAGAUAUAAUAACAAUAACGAAGAGUUCAAUGAAGAUGAAUCAAUGGUAUAGAUUAACUCAGUGCAAAAUAAAGCUGGAGUUGGAGUCAGUAAAGUUGAUGAAGCAGCAGUAAAUGCAACUAUAAAGGCUGAAAUGGAUAAAAUCAAUAAUUCUUUGGCUAAGAUAACUCAAUGCCUUAAUAGUACUGGAAACUAGGGUUCAUUUAUGAAUGCUAUAAGAGUAAAAGAUGAUGUAACAGAUUCUCUGAGCAGAUCAAUGGGUCUAUGGAACUCAAUGAUGAUGACUCUAGGCAAUAGAACUAGCAUUAAUGUUAACCUCUUGCAAUCGUAACAAAUGCCAUCAAUGAAUCAAUCUCAGCAAUCUUCUAUAAUGGGUGGCUCUGGCGUUAAUUAAUCAUUCCUCUCGUCUCAAAUUUCUGUGAAAGAUGAUGCUAGAGACUUGCUUCAAAAGUAUUCGGAACUAUUGAUCGAAGAAAUAUCCAAAAAACUUGGUAAUAAACAUUGA